AUGGGUUUUGGGGAGAAAUGGAUAGGGUGGAUCAAGUGGUGCAUAUCCACUGCAAGUUUCUCUGUGCUGGUGAAUGGAACAUCUAAGGGUUUCUUUCAAAGCUCAAGGGGAUUGAGGCAAGGUGAUCCUCUCUCGCUUUAUCUCUUUGUGAUUGCCAUGGAGGUUUUUAGCUAUUUUCUCAAAAGGGUUGUGGAUGGAGGUUUUAUGUCGGGCUGUAAGGUGAAGGGUAGGAACGACAAAGGAGUUCAGAUUUCCCAUUUGUUGUUUGCUGAUGACACCUUGGUGUUUUGCCAAGCUUCUCAAGACCAGCUGACUUACCUAAGUUGGUUGUUUAUGUGGUUUGAGGCCGUAUCGAGGUUGAGAAUCAACUUAGAGAAGAGUGAGCUCAUUCCAAUAGGGAGAGUAGAGAAUAUUGACGAUCUUGCCUUGGACUUUGGCUGUAGAGUGGGUAGCCUCCCGUCCACUUAUCUAGGCCUUCCUUUGGGUGCUCCGUUUAAGUCAGUAUCAGUGUGGGAUGGAGUGGAAGAGCGAUUCCGUAAAAGAUUAGCUAUGUGGAAAAGACAAUAUUUGUCCAAGGGAGGGAGAGCAACUCUAAUCCGAAGUACUUUGUCGAAUCUUCCUAUUUACUUUAUGUCCUUGUUGAAAUUACCAAGUUCCGUUAAACGCAGACUUGAGCAAAUUCAGAGGGACUUCCUUUGGGGUGGUGGCAACUUGGAGCGAAAACCACACUAA